GUAGCCUGGUGUACCCUCACAGCACUCAUACCCCCCCAUCGAUGGAGGUAUAUAUCGAAUACUCACACCGGGAGUCUCUAUCACCCUCUACAAAACUGCCUUCCUUCAUUUCUGCUGAGGUUUUUCAUCAAGAGGGUAGCCUAAAUGUUUUUUUCCUCGUUUGAGUUUAUCAAAAUGUUGGAGACAUGUCUAUUGACUCAGAGUCGCGUUCAAAGCGCAGAGCUCGGAAUCUUUGCGGAUUGAUUGAAGGGGAUCCCGGAUCAAUUAUUUAUCUCCUUCCCACGUCGGAGCAAGAGUUUGCAUGCAAAAGGUGGUUUAUUUCGGCAAGAUAAGCCUCCCUCCUCCUGUCCUCCAUCCCUCCUCCUCCACUAACACACCACCAUGGCUGAGACAGUUGGACCUAAGACUCCCCUAAACACUCCACGGGGUAACAACCACCCAGGGGUAACCUCCCUCCCCCCAGAGCCCAUCCAAAUCAUCCGCACCAAGGCCCGCUCCAGGAGGGUCCGCAUCAACGUCGGAGGUCUAAACCAUGAGGUCCUGUGGCGGACGCUGGACCGGCUGCCCCGUACCCGCCUGGGUAAGCUCCGUGACUGCAACACCCACGAGAGCCUGAUGGAGGUCUGCGACGACUACAGCCUCCAUGAGAACGAAUACUUCUUUGACCGGCACCCGGGCGCUUUCACCUCGAUCCUCAACUUCUACCGCACAGGGAAGCUGCACAUGAUGGAGGAGAUGUGCGCCCUGUCGUUCGGCCAGGAGCUCGACUACUGGGGUAUAGAUGAGAUCUACCUGGAGUCCUGCUGCCAGGCCCGGUACCACCAGAAGAAAGAACAGAUGAAUGAGGAGCUGCGGAGGGAGGCGGAGACGCUGAAAGAGAGAGAGGGAGAGAUUGAGUUUGAUAACACCUGCUGCCAGGAGAAGAGGAAGAAGCUUUGGGACCUCCUGGAGAAACCCAGCUCUUCCCUGCCUGCCAAAAUCCUGGCCAUCCUGUCUAUCCUGUUCAUAAUUCUCUCCACUAUCGCCUUGUCCCUCAACACCCUACCAGAGCUCCAGGUGCUUGAUGAGUUCGGCCAGGCCAACGACAACCCCCAGCUGGCCCAUGUAGAAGCCAUCUGCAUCGCCUGGUUUACCAUGGAGUACCUCCUCCGCUUCCUCUCCUCACCCAACAAAUGGAAGUUCUUCAAAGGUCCCCUGAACGUCAUUGACCUGCUGGCCAUCCUCCCUUAUUAUGUCACCAUCUUCCUUACGGAAUCCAACAAGAGUGUUCUACAGUUCCAGAACGUUCGGCGUGUGGUGCAGAUAUUCCGGAUCAUGAGAAUAUUGAGGAUUCUGAAGCUGGCCAGGCAUUCCACAGGGCUGCAGUCUCUAGGCUUCACCCUGAGGCGGAGUUACAACGAGCUGGGCCUGCUCAUCCUCUUCCUGGCCAUGGGCAUUAUGAUCUUCUCCAGCCUCGUCUUCUUCGCCGAGAAGGACGAAGACGCCACCAAGUUCACCAGCAUCCCCGCCUCCUUCUGGUGGGCCACUAUCACUAUGACUACGGUGGGUUACGGUGACAUCUACCCUCAGACUCUGUUGGGUAAGAUAGUCGGGGGUCUCUGCUGUAUCGCCGGGGUGUUGGUCAUCGCUCUGCCCAUCCCCAUUAUAGUCAACAACUUCUCUGAGUUCUACAAGGAGCAGAAGAGGCAGGAGAAGGCCAUAAAGAGGCGGGAGGCCCUGGAGAGGGCCAAGAGGAACGGUAGUAUCAUCUCCAUGAACUUGAAGGAUGCGUUCGUCCGGAGUAUGGAGCUGAUGGAUGUAGUCGUGGAGAAAGGAGGAGAGGACAACCAGCUGUCUCCCAGCUGGGCCGGCACGCACAAAUACACCGCCUCCGACAUCAGCCUGAGGUCGUUGGAUAAGAAGUACCCCGAGUCCGUCCUCCUGGGGUCCACCCACCGCAUCACCAUCACCACCUGCGGUAGCCCAGAGCGGAGGCCCCUCAGUAGCUUUCAGUAUAAAGGCCGUAUCCCAGAAUUCAGAGGCGGUACCUCUCAGCUUCUUAACACUCAGAACCUUGAGAUCAUGUUCAACCAGCUGACCAGGUCUCAGUCCUUUACCAACCUCAACACCUCCUGCUCUGUGAGCACUAUGAGCACCUCCGCCACCACGGCAACCUCUGUAUCUUCGCGGCAACAGCACCCAGGGUCCCCGCCCUCCCCGGCCCGGCCCCCACAGGAAGUGGAGCUGGAGAGGCAGGAAGUCCCACCCUCUUCCUCGACAGAGCCCCUACCGAAGGAAAGCGAAGCAGUACACAGCCUGUGGGGCAUGGACAGCUUCGCCAGCUGCAGGGCUGAGUUCGGGGAGGGCUCUGGAUACGGAAGAAAGUUCCCUCCGUCUCUCGACCUCCUCCCAGAAUCGAGGGUCAACAAUGUCCAAAGCCUCCAGGAUGCCGCCUCCCUCAAAAACAGCAUGUAUGAGUUUGUCCCCUACAACCAAGAUGGCUGCACACAGUUCCCGAGAGACGACGCGGAGAACAUCCGUAGCACCCUGAGAGACGGCAUCAACCUUGUCGGCAAGGGGACCGAAGAGCUAAAGGAGAACUUCAUCAAGGGCCCGUCCACCGAGCACCCCCCGACACCACCCAGCACCACCUCACCCCAUGACAUCAGCUUCAGCUUCCUGGAGAAUGAAUCCCCAGAGAGGGAGACCUCGCUGCUCCAUCCCAGCACAAAGGCCCUCAUCCUGGGCACAGAAGACGAGACCGGCCCCCUGUCCCGCGACAGGCUGGUGGUGGACACCCCGCCAGGGGAUGAGGAAGGACAAGGUUCGUCCAACGAGGAGAAGAAUCGGAUGGAAGCGGCGGGAACGGCAGGGGGGGCACCGGCUGGGAACUGCACCCAGGAUGUGGUGGUGGUGGUGGUGGGAGGAGGGGCAGGUGGGGAGGGCAAGGUCGACAGCAACCAAAGUGGACAUGACAAAGCAGAGAACCACAUGUUUACACCAGAGAUUAACCUGAUGCCCAGGGACGGCAGUAUGUCCCCGACCUGCGAAACCAGCAUGUAACCCACUGGGACUACGUUUCAUUAACCUGACCCUUGACCUGCUGAAAAAGACCGAAGAUGAAUGAGGAGAUAUUGGAAAAAGAGAACACAGAUAGUGAAAUAGUGGAAGAGAUAUUUGCAUGGCAUGACAUGUGGGGCUCAAAACGAGAAACUCAUACGGACAGAGAUCAUUUAUCCAAGUAUGAGGACAUUUUUCUGAUCCUGAUGUAUAUUUCAACCGUGUUCCUUUCUAUUCUAGCAACAAAAUGCACGGAGGGAUUUAUCUUUAAAAAGCAUGCAUUUAAAAAUAAAUACAUAUACAUAUUAAGUACUUGGCUGAAAGCGUUCCACUGUACGUAAUAUGACAGCAAAGGCAAUGCACAGAAGAAGAGACAGAAGAAAUCCAUGUUUGCCAAAAAAGGUACAAAUAUUUCCAAUGU